UGUGAGGAACACUCUUACAUGAAAGUCGUUGUGAAACGUUAAAUGUUAUUUAGAACGUCUACUUUUUCCUUAAGAAAGAAUCGGCACUUCGGCUAUCGGGUCACUGCCUCUUUGUUUUUAAGACCAAAUUUAAGAAUCGAGUGUGCCGUUUCGAAAAACUACGGUUGUUUGAUGUUGAUUUUAGUUUGGACUUCAGAAACAGAGAGUGGUCCUCGGAGCCGUAUUUAUCAUAUUUAGCCCUCGAGUUCGCGUACAAUUGGGUCGAAUUCCUGUUUGUUGAGUUAGUUUUUAAGUGUGAAGAUGGUUUUAGCGGAGCGAAACCCAGAUAAUGUUAGAAAUGGAAAAAGAUCCCGCGGACCUAGUCCCAAUGGACAUGCAUCAGAGGACUCGAGCAUAGAAGAGGAAGCUGAUGAGAGGAUCAGAGUUGGCCGAGACUAUCAGGCUAUCGCCCCAGACCUCAUCCCCUUACAAGAUCGCAAGGCUGAAUUAACCGUUCUCCAAGAUAGAGCUCUUCUUGUAUGGUCCCCUACAGUGGACAUUCCUGACAGUAAAUUGGAUGACUAUAUUUCUCUUGCCAAAGAGAGAUAUGGCUAUAAUGGAGAGCAAGCUUUGGGUAUGCUUUUUUGGCACAAGCAUGAUUUGGAGCGAGCUAUUCUUGAUCUCUCAAAUUUCACUCCUUUUCCUGAUGAGUGGUCUGUUGAGGAUAAAGUAUUAUUUGAGCAGGCCUUUCAGUUUCACGGCAAAAGCUUUCAUCGAAUUCGUCAAAUGCUUCCAGAUAAAUCAAUUGCUAGCUUAGUUAAAUAUUAUUAUUCAUGGAAGAAGACCCGUACACGAACAAGUCUAAUGGAUAGACAGGCAAGAAAGCUGGCAUCCCACAGGGAAGAUGGUAGUGAAGGUGGCUCAGAGGUGGGGUCCAACACAGACUCUGACUCAGAGGAGAAGAAAUGGACAAUUCAUCGCGGCAUACGCCGCAGGAGUGGUUCACCCCCAAGAACAACCCAAGUGGAAGAAGCUGGGAGCAUGAAAAAGGAUGGAGAAUCUAGUGGGAAAGGCUCAUGUUCGAACUGUAGUGUGGCCUGUUCACAAACUCAUAGCACACCUAAAGGUGUGAUGUGCUCUACAUGCUUUAAUCAUUGGACACGAACUGGAAAUGUGCGACCAACAAUGGGACCGGCCAAACCUCGAGACCGUCAGUUUCAUGUACUUCUCCGUCACAAACGUAAACCCCCUCGUGGCAUGUUUGUCAAUCAUGAUGACUUGAUAGCUAUGGCCAGCGGACCUGCUGGUUUAGGUGAACAAAUGCUACGGACCAUGGACCGAGAGAUUGUUUCCUUAAAAAGACAGGUUCAAAGCAACAAGCAGGCAAUAAGUGCCAAGAGAUCGCGAACAUCAAAUGGUAUUGAUGAAUAUCGCCCUUCUGAUUCAACCAACAGGAUUAAUGCUCGCUGGACAAAUGAUGAGAUGAUGUUGGCCGUGCAAGGAAUGCGAAAAUAUGGCAAGGACUUCCAGGCCAUCUCAGAAAUGAUUGGCACUAAAACUGAAGCUCAUCUUCGCAAUUUCUUCACAAAUCAACGCAGACGCUUUAAUUUGGAUGCUGUUUUGAAGGAGUUUGAGGCAGAGAAUGGACCCAUAAUUGAGAAUGAAUCUAAAGAUGACAAGAUGGAUGUUGAUAUUGUGGAGCCAAGUAGCCCCCCUAUGAAUUCUGCUCCUGUCUCAGUUCAAGCCAGCCUGAGUAACAUUAAAUCUAUUCACAAAACAGCAGUUAGUGCCACUAAAUAAAGUAUACUUUCAAAUAGGGCUUUUUUGAUUUCUUCGACUUUGGAAUAGAAUCACACAUGUUGUCUCAAUCUAAAUUUUAUAGUAAUUUCUGUUUUUAACCCUCACUUAAAAAUGAACUCGGUCUACUGCAUUGAUGACCUUACAAAAUAUAACUUUUCACUCCUUUUAGAGAAUCUCAUUUUAUAAAAAGAAAAUAAAUAAAAAAGAACUUUCAAUAAACUAGGUCUUUUGGUCCGAAGGAAAGCCUUCUGCAUAGCCUACCUUGGGGAUGUAGUGACCCAAGAAUCACAGUAGUAGAUCUCUUUUUGUUGUGUUUCAUAUCAGUUUAUUAGGUCAGUUACUAAAUUGUGGGUACCAUACCCAUUGUAUUGCAAUCAAUAUUUCUGAAUUCUUAACAGAUAUCACAUUUUGAGAUGGUCUGACUGAAUGAGGUUUGAUUCCUAACUAUCUAAACUAUAUUUUUCUUGUUUCUCUCAUGCUUUUCUUUCUAUUUUUUCUUCUUUAUGGUAAUUCUAGUAAACUGCAAUAAUUUAAAUUAUGGUCAAGAAUUCUGUUGAAUGUCUAUUGGUUAGAUGGAGUACCAUCCUGAUUUUUAUUAGAAUACUUUUUGUUGCUUCUGUACCAAAAGUGAGACAUACUGAAUGAUAGUAUGUGUGAUAAAUGAUCAUGUUGUACUCUUUGAUGAUUUUGACUAAAUGAAUGAAUGAAUGAAC